CCCUCGGCUCCGCUCUCAGCGCCGUGCCGGCGUCGGGCCGGCACGGCGCUGAGAGCGGAGGAGGGGGAGUUGCCCGAGCUGGCGCAGUACACGGAGCUGACUCCCGAGGAGUGGUUCUCGCGCGUGAAGAUGGUCAAAGGAGAACGGGCGGUCUUCACCGUGACCAUCCCGAAGCCGCUCGGCCUCACGCCGGCGGACUUCCCGAAUCGUCCCGGCGUGGGUGUGGCGAAGAUCGCCCCCGAAGGGAACACCGACGUGCUCAAUAACAAGGUGCUGCUCGAGAGCCAUCCAGGCAUGUUCGUGCUGGAGGGCGACGAGGUCGUGGCCGUGAACGGCACCAGCGUGGAGGGCAAGUCCCUCGACGUGGUCGGCCCGAUGGUCAAGGAGUCCGAGGGCGACUCUGUGACGCUGACGUUGGUCCGCUACUACAACAGCGGCCCCGUCAAGGUGAUCUUCAUUCCCAGCAAGAAGACGUGCACUAUGAAGCGGGGCGCCGAGAUCUCCCAGGCCGCC